UUUGAAAAAGGAGGCAAAAGAAAAAGUAUAAUAGUGACAAAAAAAACUGCUUCCAAAAACCAAAAAUAAAAACCACCCUUCUUCCCAAACAAGGCACGCAAACAGAGAGAAGAACAACAACAACUAGAAGAUGAGAAAGUCCUUUGGUGGAACCUACGGCGGUGGCGGCGGAGGAGGCGGUGGUGCAAACGGUGGAGAUAUGUUAAGGAGUGUAGGAAGGGUGGUAAGAACUAGGCUUAAUAAUUUCCAAGAAUCCCUUCCUUCACCAAAUUCUUCCACAACUUCAUCCACUAACAAAUCUUCAUCAUCUACAACAACAAAAACCAAGAAAACAUCAUCCAAACAUGCCCUAUCUCUCUCCUCUGCGACCCCUCUUCCUGUUUCUGCUGCUUGGGUUCCUUCUCCUAGUUAUUUGAUCUCUAAUGAUGUUGUUAAUGAUGAUGAUAAUGAUGAUAAUAAUGUGGUUAAUGAUGAUAAUAAUGUGGUUAAUGAAUGGGAAUGUUUGGAGAAUUAUUAUGAUCCUAUUUUUGGGGUUGUUCCUUCUACCCUUGAAGUUCAACAUGUUCUCUUCUCUCUUCGAGAAGUGCAUAUAUUUAGUUUUCAGAGUCCUUUACCUGUAAAUCUGCACCACUGUAGAGUCAUCCAUCCAAACUCAUGCUCGCAGUCCACCACCGAUGAAGAGAUAUCUUGUGAUGUAGACAUUGAAAUGGAUGAGCAAACAAAGACUGCUACAGAAACACUACUGCAAAGAACAUUAUUGUCUUCAAAGGGUUCGGAUACAGAUUGGAUCGAGCCAUCAAUGGUUCCAUAUGACUGGAAAUUGACACAGUCACCUGGUUGGGGGAGAGUUCAUGAUGCUUUUGGUCUGUUGCAGAGUGAGCCUAGUGUUCAGAGAAUGGUGGUAUCGUUGUCUUCUGAUAAAGCUGUUUGGGACGCUGUUCUGAACAACGAAGCUGUACGACAGAUUAGGGAUUCUUACCGUGAUGCUGCAGAAUUGUUACCCCCAAGCUCCGAGGAGAAAUCCGACUCCUCUAAGGGAAAUUUGAAAAUACUCCAGUGGAUUUUUGUAAACAUGAAGAUAAAAUUGCUGGAAGCUCUAGGGAAUAUUUCACGGUUUGUGGGCGAUCUGUUUAAACCCGUUGAUUGUGAUAAAGAAGAACAAUCUUAUGCUUUCACGGAGAAGCUCAAGUCGACAUUCUUGCUCACUGUCGUGGUCUUGUUGAUCGUGGUUGUUGCUCGUGGACAUCGGGCUUGAUCAAUCAUCAUUUGUUGAUAACUUGACAUUACUACAAACAUUUACUCUUUGGAUAACAAAUAUGUCUUGGGUUUUGAAUGUUCAACACACAUGAAACCUUUUGAUGACUCUUUUGAUUA